AAUGGAAAAUGAAAUAGGGGACAUUUUGGUGCUGUGAAGGAAAGGUACCCACUAUUAUUUAAUUACUUAUUAACCAGGAUGCGAGGAAUUUAAUGGGGUGGGUUCUGUGUUGACGCGUCGUGCGAUGGCACCAGACGGAGCCAAUGCAAAGUUGAGUCCUGAUAUCAGCGACUGCUUUAUUUCCUUUUUGCCUCGACAGGACUAGUAAGGACCGUGUGUCGUGUAAACACUUCUUCCAUAUGUCACUAUAAAGCAUGGACGGGUGGAGCCCAAUCGUUGCGACACCUUCGGAUAACGACCGCUCCAGUUCGGAGGGGGAGUACAUGGUGGAGCCUGAGCCCGGAGACGAGACCCGGGAGGACGGAGUGCAUCGCGGUGAUAACGUGGACGGGAUGGACGACGGUGGCACCGCUGUAGGGUUUGGAAUAAGUGGGAUAGGGGAGGGCAAGGUGGUAUUGGGUCGAGUCGGACAGAGAGACGACAAAGAACUAAGGUACCUGCACUUGUUGUGGGAGCCGGGGAGAGCUGAGGUAGCAGCCGGCGGUGUGGCGAGCAAACUGGGGAAGGUGACGGGUAGCAGCCGGGCCAGGCGGAGCCAUAAAGCUGCGUGGAACCACGGUCCUAUUGGUAAAGAUAUUUAUGCUGCAAAAAGACUGAGGGAAGCGGCGAACAGCAAUGACAUCGACACAGUACGAAAGCUCCUGCAAGACGACAUAGACCCCUGUGCAGCUGAUGACAAAGGAAGAACAGCCCUCCAUUUUUCUUCCUGCAAUGGCAAUGAGAGCAUUGUGCAAUUGUUGCUGAGCUACGGCGCUGACCCCAACCAGCGAGACAGUCUUGGGAACACCCCCCUCCAUCUGGCGGCCUGUACCAACCAUGUGCCUGUAAUCACCACGUUGCUGAGAGGAGGAGCCCGUGUGGACGCCCUCGACCGAGCAGGCAGGACCCCUCUGCAUCUAGCUCGCUCCAAGCUGAACAUCCUGCAGGAGGGAGAUUCACGCAGCUUAGAAACCCUGAGAGGGGAAGUGACACAGAUUAUUCAAAUGCUGAGGGAAUAUCUGAACCUAAUGGGCCAGAGUGAAGCUAAAGAGAGACUGGAGCACAUUUCCACACAGCUGCAGCAAACACGCACCAAAGAGCAGGUGGAUGAAGUGACUGAUUUAUUGGCCAGUUUUACAUCACUCAGCCUACAGAAACAGAAUUUGGGGGAUAGGUAGAAGAUAUAAAGCAUAUAGAGAGCUGAAGUCCUGCUCCUUCUCAAGCCAGCCUCUGCUCCACUAGCCUCAAGCGGACAAGCGAACGAGGAACUGAAACUAAAUAUCUGUCCACAAUACUAAGGUACUGGAGUAAAGUAACCAUUGAUAUUUUACGCAGCUAUUAUUGUGCUUGCAUUUAAUAAAUAGAGGGAAGCUGUUGCUGUCCAGUGCUUUCAAAAUAACUUGGUUAAAAUAAUGCUCUUAUUUAACCGUCCACUGCAGUAGAAUAGCUCAGAGUAUGAAGAAAAAGAAAAUCUUGUAUCACAUUAAAGCUUUCCAUAAAAAGAUAACAAUAAAAAAGUGGUAGUGGACCAGAAGUGCAGUUGGACGUCGGCUCUCUAUUGUGUGUGUGUGUGUGUUUGUGUGUGUGUGUGUGUGAGAGAGAGUCAUAGCUGUGUGUAUUUGCUGACAUGUUCUCUUUUUGCCUGCCUUUAUUAGCUAAGUUCUGUGAUAACUAUUAGACACAUUUCUCAUUAAAUGAGUACACUGUUUCACAUGUUGUAUUUUUUUUCUUCCUCUUAUCAACAGCAUCUUUGUAUCACGUUGCCUUUUUUUCUCUUGUAUUGCAUGUUAUGUUUUGGAUUUGGACUGUACUGUAAAAAUGGAUUUUGACUGUUGUUGGAAGAUGGAUAUAUCUGAAUAAAUACAUUGAAUUGUU